CAUCACUGCACGGCGACAUGAAAGUGCCGUGACGUUGUUUUAUAUGCGACACUGACGACGUCGCGCAUAGUGUCGCCUCAGCCCAGAGCAGGUAAUAAAACAAGCACCAGCACCAGGUGUUCACGCUAAUGACUUUCUUUAUACUGAACUGUGACAUUCUAGAACUAAAAUAAAGACAAUGCAAACAGACAAGAUGAAUGUUAUAUUUGCUACGGCCAGCAGAGGUCAUGACAUUACAGUGCACUUUAUUUGCAUUAACACUUAGAUUGAUUAGUACCAUGGUUGGAAGGAGAGCUUGGCUCCUGUGAAAGCCUUCUUUAAGACACUGAGGAGGAGCUCACUCUGAAACAUCAUCCAUUUUUGUAUCACAGGUUACAGACUUUGAUUUUAUGUACUAUGAUGUUCCUGAAAGAAAAAUUCAAUUCUUCAACAUCUUCUUCAGUAGUUGGCUGUGGGCUACUGGACUAAUAUGUUUCACCUCUCAUCCAAGAGGCUUCUUCAGUUCUGACUAACUAGUGGGAAGAACCAGGUAUUUAGUCCAUCUAUCUAUCUAUCUAUCCAUCUAUCCAUCUAUCCAUCUAUCUAUCCAUCUAUCCAUACAUACAUACAUCCGUCCAUCCGUGUAUAUUUAUGUCUGAGUGAACAGCCAGUGAUUUCUGAUCCUUAGAGACGUUCAGACAACACCGUAAACCCAGCCUCUAUCAGGAAUGUCAGGAAUGGCCUUUGGUUAGUCCUAAUAACGCUGAUCCUCAGUCUGUGUGAUUAGCUUUACUGAGCUGAAUCCAGACGGCGUGGAUAAGAUCUCUCUCAUUACCAUACAGACGUUUUUAUUCGUUUAUAGGGACCGGGUGUGGAUUGCCUGAGCUCGAGGGCAGAUGUCCCACCCAUUCCUUUUCUGUGUUCCUCUUCCUUACUUUGUACUCUCACUAUAGCACUCACAUGUGAGUUCUGCUGAGACCUGGAGGGCAGAAAACUGAAAUAGGUACAUAAAAACUGGAGUCUACACUGGUUCAUUUAGCAUCUCUUUGAAAUAAAGAGCAUGUUUGCAGGACAUCCACUGCUUCAGUUUCUCCUUCACUAUCGUCUUCUGGAUUCUCAUAUAUCUCCAAGUCUUUCUCUCUUUUCCUUUUCUUAGUGAGAACGGUGGUGACAACAGUAAACUUCAGGAGAAGCCCACACACACACACACUCUGCCCUCUCACCAUCGUCAACAACACGGUGUCAACAGUGGAAGGACCACCCUCUCACGGGGUCUGAGGUGGUCUUCACAUGCUGACACUGUCAGAGAAGAUCAUUGGUGCGUGUUUUUGGACUGUGGGAGGAAACCGGAGAAACCCCACGCACACAUGGGGAGAACAUACAAAGUCCAUGGAGGAAGGCCAUGUUCUGACCGGACCGUGAACCUGGGUCUUCUUACUUCAAAGGUGAUGGCUGUGCGUGGACGGAGGGGGAGGUCACCGCUCUGAGAGGGACCUCUUUACUCAGAGUAAAUAAUAAUGGAAUGUGAACUCAAACACAUCAGUCCACAUUAAGUGGGGCUUAUACAGCUUGGGCACCAGAUUAAACAAACAACAUACAGUGAGUGCAUUUACAGCAAAGAAAUCUAGCCAUGAAUGCACGUUCUGUCCAUCAAAGAAUGAAACUAGACAGCAUUUCCUGACUUGCAGUUCAUUGAGGAGUAUGUAGAAGCCUGUCACACAUCAGGUCCACAGUUAACUGUGAGUUGCACCCAGAUAAAUGUGAGCAGGCUCCACAGACUAAGAAUAAACAAGUGGGCAGAGUUUGAAGGUCUUGGAUUGGCCCAGAAGUUAUGAAGACAAAUAUUUCCCCUCUGGAUCAGUAAGGCGGGGAAAGAUCCCACCUUCGUGCUCCCUCAUUCCCGGGCUCGCUCCAGGAGCUCACAUAGACCUUCUCCCUGGAAAGAUGCUAUCGCUUCUCUGUCGUUCCCUCCUGCUCGUCCUCGCUCAACAGUGCUUCAGCAGGGUUCACAACAAUGGGCAGCUGCCGGCUCCUGGAGCCGGACAGUCCGCGGCCGAGAGGCGUCAGUUCUGCCAGUGGCCCUGCAGGUGUCGCCAGAGAGCUCAGUGCGCCCCGGGCGUCAGCGCCGUGCUGGACGGGUGUGGCUGCUGUAAGAGCUGUGCCAGGCAGAUUGGAGAGCCGUGCAAUGAGAGGGACGUUUGUGACCCACACAAGGGCAUGUACUGUGACUUUUCAGCUGACCAGCCGCGGUAUGAGGUCGGAGUGUGUGCAUACAUGAUGGCAGUGGGCUGUGAGCUGAAUGGAGUCCACUAUGAAAAUGGCGAAGCUUUCCAGCCCAGCCCCCUCUAUAAGUGCACAUGUAUUGCCGGUGCCAUUGGCUGCACCCCCGCUUUCAUUCAGAAGCCUGCCGGUCUCUUGGGCCCCGCCCCACUGAUGGGCAGCAGGCCAGCUGGCCUCCACAGUAAACAGAGUCCAAAGAAGAAGCAGCUGCAGGACACGACCUACAUGUCAGCUUACAGGAAUCCUCCUUUAGCCUGGAAGAAGAACUGUCUGGUGCAGACGACGCCGUGGUCUCCGUGCUCCAAGUCCUGCGGCCUGGGAAUCUCAGUGCGCGUCAACAACGACAACAGCAAAUGUGAGAUGAGGAAAGACCGUCGCCUGUGCCUGUUGAGACCAUGUGAGAAGAGUGUGCUUAAGGGCAUUAAGAUGCCAAAGGGAAAGACAUGCCGGCCCAAGUUCCAAGCAAAAACAGCGGAGAAGCUGACUCUCUCCGGCUGCACCAGCACCAGAACUUUUAAGCCCACUUACUGCGGAGUGUGCACAGACAAGCGCUGCUGUGUGCCCAACAAAUCACACAUGGUCAAGGUUGAAUUCACUUGCAAGGGAGGCACCAGAACACAGUGGAAGAUGCAGUGGGUGACGUCCUGUGUGUGUCAGAGGAAGUGCAGCGAUCCAGAGGACAUGUUCUCUGACCUGCAGUUACUCUGAUGGACAAGUCCAGAGAAGCCCAGAGACAGUGGGCGGACUAAGAACUGGGAAAGACAACGUCUUCAGUCUUUAAGUUCUUCCCAAAGAGACUUUUAUGAUGUGAUUAUUAUGAGCCUUGUGCAAUAAUAACAUGGACUACAGCCAGUGGAGGAGCUGUUACAGCACUUCUAACUCAUAACCUCGUGAUGCAAUGGCCUGGAAGCCUGAAAUGUCAGAGUUUUGAUAUUUAAUCAGCCAUGAAAUAGAUUAUUAGGGUGUAUAGCUUAUAAAGGUAUACACAAAAUA